AUGGAUUUGGUCUAUUCAUAUGAUACACAGAGUAAUUCAUGGAGCACCAUAAACUUGGCUAAUGACAGUGCUAUUAGAAAAAAUAACCUAAAAGCUAUAGUUGAUAAUAAUGGGAAAAUGUAUUUAUUCGGUGGGCGCUUCAAUGUCACUCGUUAUAAUGAUAUGCUCAUUUUAAAUACAAUAAGUUUGAAAUGGGAAAUAGGAACGACAGAAAAUGCACCUUCUCCAAGAAGUCUUUAUGGUGCAACUUACGUCUCAAAAAUGUAUAUUGUUUAUUUAGGCGGCUAUUAUGCCAUAUCAAAUAAAGAUGGUGUAUCGUUAUCAUUAAAGGAGAUCUACUACUAUGAUAUGGUUGAUGAUAUGUGGCUUACAAGGGUGACUUCUGGUACAAUUCCUUCUGAUAGAGAUUCUUUCUCUUCAGUUCUUGGAUUGGAUGGGCAACGCAUAAUAAUUUUUGGAGGAACUAAUAAUCUUAAUAAUCUUACACCUCGAGAAGCACUUUAUGUAUUGAACUUAGUAAAUUUUGAAUGGUCCAUUCCAAAAGUUUCUGGAAAAAUUCCAGGUUCUAGAUAUUGGCAUCAAGCGAAUGUGGUUAAUAGAUAUAUGGUUAUAUCAUUUGGAUUUGAUUAUGAUAAAAAUGUGGAUACUGAUAUCUUAUUACUUGAUAUAAGUAAUGAUGAAGAAUAUAUAUGGACUACCUAUUUCGAUCCAAAUGUUCCUCCUCCUUCACCGGAACCUACAAAAGUUUCACUAACACAAACUACUACUCCAAUACCAGUUAAAAUUGGAGUAGCUAUAGGAACAUGUCUAGUUAUUAUUUUUUCAUUACUUGGAGGCUUUUACUUGUAUAAAUGGAAUAAAAAUAGAACGGAAAAUUUAAGAGCAAUACCAACUCCUGGAGGUGAAGGUAAUAACUAUUUUAAUCAUGAAGCUACCAGAAAUAGCGUUUAUAAUCAUGGACAAGAAACAAUCCCAGCACAUCAAAAUGCUUAUAAUUAUGGACAACGAAUGUCAUCGACACCGUAA